AUGUCACAGGAGGACGACGUUGGAUUUCUGUACAAAACCAUGAUUGAAAGGGAUCCAAAGAAGCGAAGAGUCAAACCAGUGGAGUCAGCACAAACGUCACUGUUAGAUUUUGAUCUAGGAGAAAGUUCGGAUGAUAGUGAUUUUCGGAUAGAAGAUCACUGUGAGGAAUCUGAUGAUGAUUCUGUGGAUUCUAAUGAUAUGGGAAAAGAUGAUGAUGAGGAUGGUGGGAGUGAAUCAGAUGAUUCUGUCGAUGAUCCAUUACUUAGUAAGAAAAAUGGAACCACUGCAACUGUAGAAGAUUUACUAGAGAAAGCUCGAAAUCAAGCUGAAAAGGGAGGGCCUAUCGAAGAUAAAUUAUCUAAAAUGCUAAUAUGUUGUGGUUGCUUAGGAGAUAGGAGCGACGAUAUUAAUGAAAUUGUUGAAUGUGAUGGUUGCGGGGUUACUGUUCAUGAAGGUUGUUAUGGGGUAUCCGAUGUAGAAAGUUUUUCUAGUACAGAUUCGCUAUCACAAUCAGCACCUUGGUUUUGCGAAGCUUGCAGUGCAGGAGUCGAAGAUCCUUGCUGUGAACUCUGUCCGAAUAAAGGUGGUAUUUUUAAGGAAACGGAUGUAGGAAAAUGGGUUCACUUAGUAUGCGCUCUUUACGUACCUGGUGUAGCAUUUGGAGAAGUUGACCGACUGACUAGCGUGACACUUUUCGAAAUGGCAUACAGUAAAUGGGGGGCAAAAGCUUGUUCCUUGUGCGAAAAUGUAAGAUAUAUUCGAACUGGAGUUUGUAUAGAAUGUGAUGCUGGCAUGUGUCACACAUAUUUUCACGUUACAUGCGCACAAAGAGAAGGCUUACUUUCGGAAGCGCAUAGUGAAGAAGUCGACCAAGCUGAUCCAUUUUACGCUCAUUGUAAAUUGCAUUCCGAUAAAACGCUUGUUCGAAAGCGUAAGCGCAAUUGGUUGGCCUUGCAGUUGCGGGCGACAUUUCGACUGCAAAUGCUGAAGAAGCCAGAAUAUAGGGAAACGGAGGAGUUUCUUAGGAUUCAGCGUAAAUUAUCGAAGCAUCGGCACAAGUACUUGGCACACAAAUCGUCGAAACCACCACCUUGGGUUCCCACGCAGAAGAUGCCUAGACUACUGACAACUUCGGCAUCGGCUUGUCGGAGUUUGCAGCAGAAGGCCGAACUAAUGGGAGUGGACACGAUAGCUCUCGAAACGCAAGAGGAGCAAAUGGCCUCGCUCGUGGACAUACGCAAGAAGUGGCAUAUACCGCCUGCCUUUAGCGUCGAGUUUAUUAGUUAUUAUUUGGACCGGCAUGCGCGCACUGCCUCGAUGAAGGCGCGACUCGAUGAACUAUUGGAGGCGAACUCGAGGCUGCUGGGCGAGCAGCAGGAUCUGGACAAGAAAUACGAUGAAGCGAUGAGGUUGAACGAGGAGCAGGUGCAAAUCUACGAUCAGCACAAAGAGCGAAUCGAAAUGUAUCAUCGAGUACUGAGGGCAGCGAAUUACAUGAAACCCCUUCCGUCUGUUGGGGACAUUGCCCGGCCGAAGAUAGCGUUGAAUCACGGUACUCCAAUUGUCUCAGUCGCAGCUUUAAAAAUAGGUGUCAGCUUACCACCGGCUUUCAACAAAGUCGAGAAUUCGAAUGUCGAGGACCAUAUCCUAAGUAAUCAAAUGGUCAAUCAGAAUCACAAACUCGACUUGCAGGUGAGGCAUCAGUGUGGUAUUUGCAGAAGAUCGACGAAUCAGCACUUAUUGGCCAAAUGUGACACCUGCCAUCUGCAUUAUCACUUAUCUUGCUUAACACCUCCAUUAACUCGAAUGCCGAAGAAAACCAAACUUAUGGGGUGGCAAUGCUCAGAGUGCGACAAGGAAACGUCGGGAUCGGACAUCGAGCGAGUGGAUACAUCGGCUCCUCGUAGGUUGAGGCAUUGUAAAGAGGAGUCAAAUUUCGCUCUGUCGGUCGAAGAGGUUCAGGUCCAUAAACCGCCAGCAAAUUUGAACAAGAGUUUGCCUGCAAUGAAAGGGAGUCCAGCUGUAAAUAACACUAAUGAGAAUUCGAUGGAAACUAAUGCUGUACUUCAUACUCCCAAGUUAACCAUUAAGCCAAUGGGACCACAGCCAAAGGAAUCUGAGGCGAUGCAAGUGGAUAAAGUUAAUUUUAAUCAUCAUACAGUGAUUAAUUCAAUUGUACCAUUGAGAGAAGGAACCCCUGAAUAUAGAAUGGCUCCUUUCGAUGGUGCCGUUGAGCAUUCAUCCGGUCGAAGUGGAAAGAAACGUAGAAGAGAAAAGCACAAACGAUAUACCCCAGAUCCAAUAACAGGUGGAAAACAAAGAAAAAGAAAACACAAACGAAAGAGUCUGGAUGUGGAGAAUCCAGAAAAUCAUGCGCAACCCGAAGUUCAUCGACGUAUUACUAUAAAAAUAAAGCCAAUACCAUUACCAGAGGGCGAAGUGGCUUCGGAAACGAAUCCGCAACUAUUCGUAGCCUCGUCAACGAGCACCGAAAUGAGUCCACCGAAGUUGUCAGACCACCAACAGUUAAAGCUUCAUCCGUUAGCGCAGCCUCAAUCGACGCUUUUGAUGCCUUUACCUACCGAAGUAACCCAAACGCCGUCGCAACAGGCAAUAGGAACUGAAUUGAUACUACCAACGUUCCACACACCACCGACGGGUAGAACAAAUACAAGUAGAUUAUCAUCCGGAAGCAGGAAGAAUAAGGAUGCAGAUCUCUUAUCACCGUGUACUGUAUGCAACUCACAGGGCACUAACCAAAAUCUUGUCAUGUGCGAUGAAUGUAAAAAGUGUUAUCAUUUUACUUGCCUUGAUCCACCAGUAAAGAAAUCUCCAAAGAGACGUGGUUAUUCUUGGCAUUGUGCUGACUGUGAUCCCAGUGCAUCGGAAACAGAAAACUAGUACCAGUUUAACUGAAGUAAUUUGAGGACACAAAUCAAAUUGUAUAAUUUUGUAUAUUGAUCGGAGGAAAAAAAAGAAUCGACUAUGCGUAAAGUAUGUUAAAUACACGAAUCAUGUGAGCAAAUAAAGAAAGUUGCUAACAAUUUAAAAUUUUUUUCUCCUAAGGUCGAUUGAUUACGACGUUGUAAUUAUGCAAAUUUUCGUCGCUAGUGACAAAUCAAAAUGCACAUAUUGAAUUAUGUAUAAUUCUUUUUAGUAAUGUAUUGAAUUUUUGUAAUUGCUUGAUAAUGUCACUCUUGGGAGAAUAAUAAUAUAAAAUCGAGGAACCAAUCAUGUUGAAGUUAAUAAGCGCAUACGAUUUCUUUGUUUCUUCAUAGUAUUGUAUUCAACGAUAGAUAUUUAAAAUAAAUUGUAGCCUUGCAAGGCGACUGUCACAAAAUCUAUAAACUCCCUCGGUAAUCAUUCCUAUAGAUCCCUUGAACUAGAUUUGUUACGUGGACCUUCAUUUUCAUUUCACCAUUUAUUAAAGAGAGUCUAUAGUUAAUACUUUUAUUUUAGUGUAUUCGAAAUUUAUAUUAG